AAGAAGAAGAAGAUGAAGAGGUUAGGUUAUAUGAAGACUGUUUUUGUUGAAACGUGAUAUUUUUUAAUUAUCAUUACAAUAUGUCUUGUGAAAUUUCAAAAAAGAGAAACAACCGAAAAAGAAAGAAAUCAUUUCUUAUGAAUGCAAGAAAGUACGGUAAAAAAGGAUAUUAUGGAAGAGGCUCGGAGCUGGAUUCUGAUACAUACCAGUACUUUGUGAGGAUAAUGGAAGUUUAUAGAGAGGGAUUUGAAAAUGAAGAAGAUAAAAUUUUAUUUGUGAACAAUGUUUUCGAGCAAUCAGAGAAUCAAGAAAUAAACUGUAGUUGUAACCAAGUGGGGUGUCGUGUUAUAGAAACACUGCUUCCCUAUGCUAGUGAUUUGAUUUUGAAGAAGUUCAUGGAAGCAUUCAACUCCGAGAUUAGACGUUUGUGUACAGAUCGCUUUGCAAGUCAUGUUCUUGAAGGUUUGGUUAUUCAAUCUUGUAGAAGAUCGUUGGAAAUUGAAUCAAGAAGUCAAGAAGUGGUUCAGUAUUUUCACCAAUUUACAUUGAAAAUAAGCAGAUUCUUACUGAAUAAUCUUGAAGAUUUCAUUUGGGAUACUUAUGGCAAUCACAUAAUGAGAACAUGUUUAAAAAAUCUAGCUCAGUUAGAAAGUGAAAAUGUCAAAAAAAAGGAAACAAUGGCAGAAGAAUCUGAAAGUAAGGAAGUUCCAGAGGAAUACUUGGAAAUUGUGGAAGAGUAUGCAAAAAGGAUUAUCUCUUGGCCACAGUUUAAUGAGCUGUGUAGUUCAGAACUAACUUCUGGUUUUUUACAAGUUUUACUACAAUGCCUUAAAAAAAUCAAAAGCAAAACUUUCAAGAUAUAUUUGAAGAAAUUGUUGAAGGAUAUAUUUGUCUCUAAGGAUGACGGUGACCAGGCAAAUCCCAAUAUCUUACCUGCAGCAUUCUUAUCAACAUCUGUUAUAAUGAUAUUGGAAACCACACUUCAGCUUGCAAAUUCAAAAAUGUUCUCUGAAAUAUAUCGGUUAUGCUUUGAAGGAAAACUCCCCAAAUUAGCUACAACCCGGAGUACUAAUUUUUCAGUCCAGAAAUUAUUACUUCACUGCAGUAAUAAAACUGAAUUUGAAGCUAUUUUUGAUGAACUAGUAGGACAUUUUGGUGAAAUUAUUGAAGCUGGCCAUUCCGGAGUUUUAUUGGCACUAGCACAGUCAUGCAAACGUAUGUGUACAAAGCAGGGUAGCUUUGUGAAAAGUUUCAUGAAAUCCUUACAUUGCUUGGAACCUGUAGAGAGGCAAAAUUCUUUCAUUUUAUGUGUAUGCAGGCUUGUAACUUUUGACAACAAUAAGGCAACUGACAAUUUGCAUAAGGAAAAACUUAAUUUGCAUGGUACACUCAUGGUACAACUUAUGUUAGAUUUCAACAAACCAAUACAAAUAGUCAACAGUCUACUCAGUUUAGAUUUAAAUGACUUGAAAAAUUUGUUUCUCAAUACUAUGGGCAGUCAUAUUGCUGAUUCUUUUGUAAAAGGGCACUUUGUUGGGGAGAAAAGCAAAGAAAAACUCGUGAGAAAAUUAAUGGGAAGUUAUCAAGAACUGGCAGUAUCCAAAUAUGGAUCGAGAAGUUUUGAGGCAGUUUGGAGUGCAGCUAAUCUGAAAGCUAAGAUUAAGAUCAUGGAGGAGUUGUCUCAUAAAGAAGGGGCUUGGGCGAAUUCAGAUUUUGGAAAAAUUAUUGCUGGGAAAAUCAACUUAUUCCUCUUCAAGAGAAAUAAGGAGGAAUGGAAGAACUCAGUUUUUAAGGUUAAGGAUGGUGAUGAAUUUUUGAAGGAUAUUCUAAAAUAAAUGCUAAAAUUGAAGAAAACUUUUUAUUUUCAAUUGAAAAAAAGACUAGGUUAAUAUUAGAAGGAAUUCUUAUGAUCAUAAUAUGUAAUGAAAAUUAGAACCUAUAUGGAAAUGGACAUUGUGAACUAAAGGAAAACUAUUAUAUGACUUCGAAUAGACGUUGAAAGUGUUAAAAUCUAUCAAAUUGUUUUGGUUAUUUGCAACAGUA